GAAACCCGGGAGAAGGCUUUCUCCAGCCCCCAAAGUUUUGAUGAUGACCAUGACUACGAUGGCUGACGGCUUGGAAGGCCAGGACUCGUCCAAAUCCGCCUUCAUGGAGUUCGGGCAGCAGCAGCAGCAGCAGCAACAGCAGCAGCAGCAGCAGCAGCAGCAGCAACAGCCGCCGCCGCCGCCGCCGCCGCCGCCGCAGCCGCACUCGCAGCAGAGCUCCCCGGCCAUGGCAGGCGCGCACUACCCUCUGCACUGCCUGCACUCGGCGGCGGCGGCGGCGGCGGCCGGCUCGCACCACCACCACCACCAGCACCACCAUCACGGCUCGCCCUACGCGUCGGGCGGAGGCAACUCCUACAACCACCGCUCGCUCGCCGCCUACCCCUACAUGAGCCACUCGCAGCACAGCCCUUACCUCCAGUCCUACCACAACAGCAGCGCGGCCGCCCAGACGCGAGGGGACGACACAGAUCAACAAAAAACUACAGUGAUUGAAAAUGGUGAAAUCAGGUUCAACGGAAAAGGGAAAAAGAUUCGGAAGCCUCGGACCAUUUACUCCAGCCUGCAGCUCCAGGCUUUAAAUCAUCGCUUUCAGCAGACUCAAUACCUGGCCCUUCCCGAGAGAGCCGAACUGGCAGCUUCCUUAGGACUGACACAAACACAGGUGAAGAUAUGGUUUCAGAACAAACGCUCUAAGUUUAAGAAAUUGCUGAAGCAGGGCAGUAACCCUCAUGAGAGCGACCCCCUCCCAGGCUCGGCAGCCCUGUCACCGCGCUCGCCAGCUUUGCCUCCAUUGUGGGACGCUUCUGCCUCUGCCAAGGGCGUCAGUAUGCCCCCCAACAGCUACAUGCCUGGCUAUUCGCACUGGUACUCCUCGCCACACCAGGACACGAUGCAGAGACCACAGAUGAUGUGAGCUGUCUGACGGAACACCCUAGGGGAGCCUCUGAACCACACAAGGAGGAUCGGGACUUGCUGUAUCUGCCAAAAGAGCUGAAGAAGCAGGCUCGGAGAACUCGUAUGUGUGCCAGAAGGCAAGGCAGCUGGGCUGGCAUAUUCUCUCUCUCUCUCUCUCUCUCUCUCUCUCUCUCUCUCUCCCUCCCUUUCUCACUCUUUCCUUACUUACCCUUCCUCUGUUUUUUCUUUCCUUCCCACCUUCCUUCUUUCUUUUUUCCCCUUUCCUUUCAUCAUCCACCUUUUCCUUUGAGCAACCUUAGCAACAGAUCUGGCAUGAGACUGAGAGACUUUCUCUGCCAGCAUUCCAGAAACCCCUCACUGUAAGGAUAUUUUCCUUUACCCCUUGGGAUUCAGGCUCUGAGCCUCCUCUUCUCUUUAGGAAUAUCCAUCAAAAUGACUUUUUUACAGACAUUUCCCCCCGCACCAGAAGAAUCUGCACAAACAUGGCAGCGUUUUUACUUGUUUAAUGAGCUUCAGACAUUACAUGAUGAAAGAGAAGCAUUUUGGACUCCUGCAUUUUUAUUUACCAAUCCCAGACUGACAAAAAAGAAAAAAGAGAAAGGAAAAAAACCCUUCACCUAACAGUCCUUCUCUAAAGUAAAAGGAACAAUCGGCUGUAAAAUUAGAAUGUCGCCACAAAGGGAACGCUGCGUGAUUUAUCAAAAUGCAAUGACCAGGGAUGAUGAUUCAUUUAAAAUACAAACAACAACAACAAGAAAAAAAAAAAGCUCUUUCCUUACCCUACCCCCUAAACCCUGAAAUGGAAUCAGGAAAGACAGAGGAAGGAACCAAAAUCACCAUUCUAUUGCUUUGACACCUUUUCUGGGUGAACUGUUGGCAUUCACUAAGCUAAUAGGGACGUUUAUAUCAAGAAACAUUUCUGUAUAUAUUGUUGAAUUUUAGUUGUAUAUAUACUUUGUAUGUUUUUGUCUUCUUUCAUAUAUGGAGUAAAGCCACAUAAUGCUG